CAGUGGUCUACCUACGAUGCUAUCAACCAUGACCUGACACACCGUAAUCCCGACAAUGUCAUGUCGUCCUCUUAUGCCAUCAGAAAGACUCUCAUUCGUAAACACUACUUAGCACGAUGCAUUUAUUCGUACUUGACAAAUCAUCUCGUCUCCUUCAUCCAUAACGCGGAGCCCAAGACAUGGGAUCUCGAGGGCUCUUACGCGUGUGAGCUAGAUGUAAUUUGGAGCGACCAACUUUGGGAUCUUGGCAAUGAAAUUGAUGGCUCCUCUCCGAGUCAAUGGUGGAUGUUUUGA